AUGUCCGAACCACCCUACGACCCCUACAUCCCCUCCGGCUCCAACGGGGCCACCGCUAGUGCCGCGCAGAAUGGCGAUCCCAGGACCCGGGAAAUCGACAAAAAAAUCCAAGAGACUGUCGACACGAUGCGUUCGAAUAUCUUCAAGGUCUCGGAGCGUGGUGAACGUCUGGACUCGCUGCAGGACAAGACCGAUAACUUGGCCGUAUCAGCCCAAGGUUUCCGCCGAGGAGCCAACCGCGUGCGGAAGCAAAUGUGGUGGAAAGAUAUGAAGAUGCGCGUUUGCUUGGUCAUCUGCGUCAUUGUCUUGCUGGUGGUGAUUAUCGUUCCUGUUGUUGUCAAAACCACCUAA